AUGGAUCGUUUUCGCACUGCCAUUCACCAUUGUAGUUUCAUUGACCUUGGAUAUGUUGGCUCUCCAUUCACAUGGUCCCGAAACCACCCUGUUGAAGGUCGUAUUUAUAUCAGGCUGAACCGAGCCCUGGCUAACAUGACCUGGAAGGCGCUCUUCCCCAAUGCCAUUGUCCAUCAUGUUUCAAUGUCAUCUUCGGACCACUCCAUGCUUACCAUCCGAAUACAGUCCUCCAGACCUAGACAACCACAAUCCCGACCUCUCUUCUGUUUUAAAGCCAUGUGGCUUCAAGAUCCACGAUGUGCCGAUAUCGUCCAAAAAGCAUGGCACGAAGGUCUCUACAAGCUGGGUGGUGAUCCAAUCACCAACUGUCAUGCUAGCUGUCGUGACCGACUUACUACUUGGAAUAAACAUGAUUUUGGUCACGUAGGGAAUAUGAUUACAAAGCUGAACCAGAAGCUUCAAGUCCUUGAGAUCAUCCUAUUAGCAACGAUACUGAAAUCCAAGAGGUACGAGCGUCUUUGA